CCUGCCAGUUACAUACUCAGAAUGUCUUCCAGCUUGGUUGCCACAAUAUUCCUUCUAUUGUCUGUACUGACGCUUGCAGGGGCAGAGACGCCUAACAUUACACUGAGUCCUCAGUCACAGACAUAUUUUGUCGGAGAGUCAGCUGUCUUCAGUUGCUCUGCUUCUGAUGCUGUUUCGUAUGAGUGGCUGAAGGAUGGUCGCUCUCCGAGCACAAAACGUUGGAAGACUAAUGGAGAAAUGCUUGUGUACAAAGAAUUGGUGUACAAGGAUAACGGGAUCACUGUAACGUGUCGGGCUGUGAGCUCGACAGGAGAGGCAGCAGAGGCUUCUGCAGGCCUGACAGUGAUGGUUGGAGGCUGCACGUACAAUGGACGUAAGUAUGCUCUUGGAAGUGAGUUUCCAGCGGAUGACGGAUGUAACACAUGUAAUUGUAUCGAAGGUGUUGUCUCGUGUACAGAAAUCGCGUGUCCACCUCAAAGUGUGUGUAUCCACAGAGGUCGUACACUGCCUGAAGGACAAAAGUUUGUAUCAGAUGAUGGCUGUAAUGAAUGUCAUUGCUCAGGAGGGUCUAUUGGCUGCACAGAAACAUAUUGCAUUCCUAAAUGCUGUUGUGGAACAGCUAAAUAUCGAUUGACAAUGUAUGGAAAUUUCACACAGCAACUCCAUCCCUACAAAUACCCUCAGAGUGCACAUUUUUCUCCUCUGAUUGGAGCAACACACUCUCAAUUGUAUUCAUUGUGGAGAACAUUUGGAUUUGCAUCACUUGGUGUUAAGUCAGUCUGUGAGACAGGAGCAUCAUCUACUUUGCGUGACGAAAUGAGAGCAGCAGCAGCUGGUAUCCAUUCUGUCAUCUCUGGCAGUGGAAUAUCAACCGGUGAUGGCAGUGUUGAGACUGAAUUCUCAAUCAACUGCACCUAUCCAUUUGUAUCUGUCAUCUCUAUGAUUGCACCAAGUCCUGACUGGAUUGUUGGUAUCAACAGUCUUAGACUGUGCAGACCAGGUGGCUGGUUGAAAAACUAUCACACUAGCCUACCUGCUUAUGACUGCGGUACGGACAGUGGUGUAAGCUACACAUCUCCAGAUGCUGCAGAAAAGGAACGUCGACUAAUCAUGGAAUUGAAGUAUAGAAAUAGCAGCGACGAGGCGAGUGCAUUUUAUGACAUGAAUGGUGGCUUUAUUCCUCCGUUUGCUGAUCUGAAGUUAGAAUUUUUGUCGGCCACUGGAGACUGUCCAGAAAAAGAUACAAAUGCUACUCUUGCCCCUCCUUCUCAACCUAGUCCUGCUUGUCCAGCCAACAAAGUGUUUAAACAAUGUGGCUCUGCAUGUCCACUAACUUGUGCCAAACCAAUUCCAGGACUGUGUAUUGCACUUUGUGUUUCCGGAUGUUUCUGUCAAAGUGGCAUGCUUUUGAAUGACUUAAAUGAAUGCGUGUCAUCAGACCAAUGUCCCGGUGUCGGCACAACGAAGCCUACUAUACCAGUUGGAGGCUGCACGUACAAUGGACGUAAGUAUGCUCUCGGAAGUGAGUUUCCAGCGGAUGACGGAUGUAACACAUGUAAUUGUAUCGAAGGUGUUGUCUCGUGUACAGAAAUCGCAUGUCCACCUCAAGGUGUGUGUAUCUACAGAGGUCGUACACUGCCUGAAGGACAAAAGUUUUUAUCAGAUGACGGCUGUAAUGAAUGUCAUUGCUCAGGAGGGUCUAUUGGCUGCACAGAAGCAUAUUGCAUUCCUAAAUGCUGUUGUGGAACAGCUAAAUAUCGAUUGACAAUGUAUGGAAAUUUCACACAGCAACUCCAUCCCUACAAAUACCCUCAGAGUGCACAUUUUUCUCCUUUGAUUGGAGCAACACACUCUGAAUUGUAUUCGUUGUGGAGAGCAUUUGGAUAUGCAUCACUUGGUGUUAAGUCAGUCUGUGAGACAGGAGCAACAUCUACUUUGCGCGAGGAAAUGAGUGCAGCAACUGGUAUCCAUUCUGUCAUCUCUGGCAGCGGAAUAUCAACCGGUGAUGGCAGCGUUGAGACUGAAUUCUCAAUCAACUGCACCUAUCCAUUUGUAUCUGUCAUCUCUAUGAUUGCACCAAGUCCUGACUGGAUUGUUGGUAUCAACAGUCUUAGACUGUGCAGACCAGGUGGCUGGUUGAAAAACUAUCACACUAGCCUACCUGCUUAUGACUGCGGUACGGACAGUGGUGUAAGCUACACAUCUCCAAAUGCUGCAGAAAAGGAACGUCGAUUGAUCGUGGAAUUGGGGUAUAAAAAUACCAGCAACAAGGCGAGUGCAUUUUAUGACAAGAAUGGUGGCUUUAUUCCUCCGUUUGCUGAUCUGAAGUUAGAAUUUUUGUCGGCCACUGGAGACUGUCCAGAAAUUGGAGGCUGCACGUACAAUGGACGUAAGUAUGCUCUUGGAAGUGAGUUUCCAGCGGAUGACGGAUGUAACACAUGUAAUUGUAUCGAAGGUGUUGUCUCGUGUACAGAAAUCGCAUGUCCACCUCAAGGUGUGUGUAUCUACAGAGGUCGUGCACUGCCUGAAGGACAAAAGUUUUUAUCAGAUGACGGCUGUAAUGAAUGUCAUUGCUCAGGAGGGUCUAUUGGCUGCACAGAAGCAUAUUGCAUUCCUAAAUGCUGUUGUGGAACAGCUAAAUAUCGAUUGACAAUGUAUGGAAAUUUCACACAGCAACUCCAUCCCUACAAAUACCCUCAGAGUGCACAUUUUUCUCCUUUGAUUGGAGCAACACACUCUGAAUUGUAUUCGUUGUGGAGAGCAUAUGGAUAUGCAUCACUUGGUGUUAAGUCAGUCUGUGAGACAGGAGCAACGUCUUCUUUGCGCGACGAAAUGAGAGCAGCAACUGGUAUCCAUUCUGUCAUCUCUGGCAGCGGAAUAUCAACCGGUGAUGGCAGCGUUGAGACUGAAUUCUCAAUCAACUGCACCUAUCCAUUUGUAUCUGUCAUCUCUAUGAUUGCACCAAGUCCCGACUGGAUUGUUGGUAUCAACAGUCUUAGACUGUGCAGACCAGGUGGCUGGUUGAAAAACUAUCACACUAGCCUACCUGCUUAUGACUGCGGUACGGACAGUGGUGUAAGCUACACAUCUCCAAAUGCUGCAGAAAAGGAACGUCGAUUGAUCGUGGAAUUGGGGUAUAAAAAUACCAGCAACAAGGCGAGUGCAUUUUAUGACAUGAAUGGUGGCUUUAUUCCUCCGUUUGCUGAUCUGAAGUUAGAAUUUUUGUCGGCCACUGGAGACUGUCCAGAAAGUGUCGGUACUCAUGAUACAAAUGCUACUGUUGCGCCUUCUCCUCGACCCAGUCCUGCUUGUUCAGCCAACAAAGUGUUUAAACAAUGUGGCUCUCCGUGUCAACUAACUUGUGCCAAACCAAAUUCAGGAGUGUGUGUUGAACUGUGUUUUGCCGGAUGCUUCUGUCCAAGUGGCAUGCUUUUGAAUGACGUAGAUGAAUGCGUGUCACCAGAUCAAUGUCCCGGUGUCAGCACAAUGAAGCCUGCUAUACCAGACACACCCUGUACAAUACAACGACGUUCUGAAAUGGCAAAAUGUGGUGAUUUCGUUGGUUGCUUUGUUACAUUGUGUGAAGAUGAUGGUUCAUUUAUGGCUCGACAGUGCCACCCGUCGACUGGGUAUUGCUGGUGCUUAAACGAAAUGGGUGAGAAGGUGGAGGGAACAGAUACGGCACCAUUUCUUUUGAAGUCAUUAGACUGUACAAGUUCCAAAAAUGACACUGCAGUACCUACUAUGCCAAGUGUCUGUCCUGAUGGUGAAGUGUUCACAGAGUGUGGCACAGCUUGCCCGCUCAGAUGUGACGAACUUGGUUCUGGGCCACGUCCAUGCACACUCCAAUGCGUCAUUGGCUGCUUCUGUCCUGAUGGCUUGUACCGGAAUGCUCGGAAUGAAUGCGUGCCUGUAGACCAAUGUCCCCCUCCUCCUCCAAAGUGUCCAAAUGGCUCAGUUUACAAUACCUGUGGAACAGCAUGUCCAUUGACUUGUGAUGAUCCUCAUCCCAGGAUAUGCACCAAGCAGUGCGUGCGUGGCUGUUUCUGUCGUGAUGGCUUGUAUCAGAAUGCUCGGAAUGAAUGCGUGCCUGUAGACCAAUGUCCCCUUCCUCCUCCAAAGUGUCCAAAUGGCUCAGUUUACAAUACCUGUGGAACAGCAUGUCCAUUGACUUGUGAUGACCCUCAUCCCAGGCCGUGCACCAAGCAGUGUGUACGUGGCUGUUUUUGUCCCACAGGAAUGCUGCAGAGAAAUAGUAUGUGUGUUACACCUGAUGAGUGCAAGAUGUGUCAUUACAAUAAUAGAACAUAUCGUAAUGGAGAGGGAUUUAAUUCUACUGAUGGGUGCAACAAAUGUGUUUGUAUUGGAGGCCAUGUUGCAUGUACAAGGAGGGCAUGUCGACGACUUAUACCUCCACUGUUGUGUCCAAAUGGCAAAGAGUACCACCGGUGUGGCACUGCGUGCCCACCAACCUGUAAAAAUGCGCCAUUGAUAUGCACUCUUCAGUGUGUACGUGGCUGCUUUUGUCCACGUGGUCUUGUAGAACACAACAAUCAAUGUGUUAAGCCAAGCAAGUGUCCACCACAAAGUUGUGUCUACGGUGGAAAGACAUACCAGCAUAAUGACUCGUUUCCGGCCAGUGAUGGAUGCAAUCGUUGUGGGUGCUCUAAUGGUCGUGUUUUGUGCACUUUAAUUGCUUGCCCAACGACACAAUGCGCGUAUUAUGGCAAGUUUUAUCAGGAUGGAGACAAUUUCACAGAUUUUAAUGGGUGCAACACAUGUUUGUGUACAGCUGGUGUCGUUGCCUGCACCGAAAAGUUGUGUAAUAAUAUUACAACAUGUCAGCUGGGUAACAUGACUUACAAAGUUGGCGAAACGUUUCUCACCAAUGAUGGAUGUCACACAUGCAAGUGUCCUCCAAGUGGAUAUGUUUCUUGCUUAAUCGGGUCUUGCCCCAUGUGUACUUACAAUGGAAAGCGAUACAGACACAGAGAGACAUUUAUGUCAACUGAUAUGUGCAACACAUGCGUUUGUCAACGAGGCCGUGUUAUUUGCACAUUGAAGUUGUGUGUUCACAAAUUUUGUAUGUACGAUGGUGUUCGUCAUGAAGAUGGGACAAACUUUACAAGCUUUAAUGCAACUGCAUUAUGCACUUGCCACGAAGGAGUCGUAUCGUGUAUUGAGCUUGUUUGCCCAGCAAAAGUUGGAUGCGUUCAUCGAGGUAAGAUACUUGCAGAAGGAGAUUCAUAUUUAUCAGACGACUCCUGCAAUGACUGCGUUUGUAAUGGAGGUACUAUAGGCUGCACAGAAAGAGGUUGUGAGCCUGCAUGCUGCUGUGGACGAGCUCGCUACCGUUUGACCAUACAUGGAAAUUUUACUCGAGAAAAUCAUCCCUAUAACUUUCCAGUAUAUCCUCAUUUCUCACCGGUAAUAACAGCAGUGCACUCAUCAGACUAUACACUGUGGAGAGAGUUUGGGUUGGCAUCGCCUGGUGUUCAGUCAGUGUGUGAAACAGGGUCAUCAACUUCUUUGCUUACAGAAAUACGCAGAGCACGUGGAAUCCAUUCUGUAGUUACCGCUCGUGGAAUAAACGGUGACGGCAGAGUCGAGACGAACUUCACAAUUGAUUGCAGCCAUCCAUUUGUGUCUGUCAUUUCGAUGAUUGCACCUAGCCCCGACUGGAUUAUUGGUAUCAGUGCGUUGAGACUCUGCAGGGGUGCUGGCUGGUUGAAGAAAUAUCAUACCAAUUUGACUGCUUAUGACUGUGGUACAGACAGUGGUGUGAGCUAUACUUCUCCGAAUGCGACAGAAAACCCACAUCGGUGGAUCAGCGAACUACGGGAAACAACUGCAAGUGAUCCUAGUAGUGCGUUCUAUGAUCCUCAUUGUGGCAUCAUACGACCGUUUGCUACAUUGACGCUCGAUCUUGUAUCUGUGGAUGGAGAAUGUCCAGGUGAACCAGUUGUGGCUGUACCAACACCAGCACAAGCUAAACCAACUCCUAGUCCAUCUAUUUGUCCUAUGAAUAAAACGUUUGGUUGUGGGUCAGUUUGCCCGCUUACUUGCUCGCAUCCAAGUGUGAGGGUGUGCACGGAAGAAUGUGUUUUCGACUGCAAUUGUCCACGUGGUUUGUUGGACGCUGGUGAUGUAUGUGUUACUGGAAAUAGUUGUUCAGGUCUUCCCAGUGGAUGUGAGCUUGUCAGAGGAAAGAAAGAGUUGCUCUACCUCAAUGGAUGUCGCAGUGUGCGGAGAGUUUUUGUUCCCAAGUGCAUGGGACGGUGCACAGGUGAAGACUCAAGAGCACGGUGUCGCGCUACGAAUGGAUUGAAGGAGAAAAUGGUGGAAUUUCGGUGCAAGCCUAAAGAGAAAGGAGCCAAAAAGUAUACAACCACCAUGCCAAUUGCUGUGGCUGAAAGUUGCAGUUGCUCUGUGGUGUAAGAGUGGAUCAAAGGCUGAUGAUGAACAUGAACUUGCGGUAACGUUUGUCCUUGCUUGUUUGUACGUGACUGUAAGCUGCUUUGUCACUUGAAUGGUAGAGAUUGACUGA